AUGGCUUCCAGGAUUCCCUUCACAGAGUCACAAUGGGAAGAGCUUGAAAACCAAGCUCUUAUCUUCAAGUACUUAGCUGCAAAUAUUCCAGUUCCUCCUCAUCUACUCUUCCUCGUCAGAAGACCCUAUCUCUUCUCCUCUUCUUCCUCUUCCUCUUCUUCUUCACCUUCCACCUUCCUCUCUCCACACUUUGGAUGGAACGUGUACGAGAUGGGGCUGGGAAGAAAGAUAGACACAGAGCCAGGAAGAUGCAGAAGAACUGAUGGCAAGAAAUGGAGAUGCUCUAAAGAAGCUUCUCCAGAUUCCAAGUAUUGUGAGAGGCAUAUGCACAGAGGCAAGAACCGUUCGUCAAGAAAGCCUCUUCCUCCUCCUCUUCACCCUCCUCAAUUCACUGUUUCCAAACCAAAUCUCUUUCUAGACUCUUCUCUCUCUUCUCCUGCAAGGGUAAGAAGAAGAAGUGGAUACAUGGAUGAUUUCUUCUCCAUAGAACCUUCAGGGUCAAUCAAAAGCUGCUCUGGCUCAGCUAUGGAAGAGGAUGAUGGCUCUGGUGGAUAUGAGACGAUGAAACAGAGGGAGAAGCAGCCGGAUCGACAUUGCUUUAUCCUUGGCACUGACUUGGGGACGCGAGAGAGGCCAUUGAUGCUUGAUGAGAAGCUGAAACAAAGUGAAGAUCAACAUUCGGAUGAAGAAGAAGAAGAAGAGCAACGGAGCAAGAGGUUUUACAGGUUUCUUGAUGAAUGGCCUUCUUCUAAGUCUUCAGUUUCUACCACGCUCUUUAUUUGA